UCUGAGUGCGCACCGACCGAGAGGCGCAGGACCCGCAUCAUAAUCGAUUCGCACUUUGCGAUUUGGCGCUUGCGUACGCGAUAAGAGCAGCAGAGCAACAGCAAAACAGCGGGAUUCUCCCGAAGGAAAGGACACGAAUUAUUCCACCAUGGACGCCAGGAUGUUAUUCACGCUUAUUUGGUUUGUGGCGUUUUUCGCAGGGCUGCAGUGCGCCUCGCCAAAAACCACAUUGGGUUUGGACGCAGCCACCGCCGGCUUCAGCAACGUCAAUUGCAGCGGCGGAGGUGGAAGCGCGGAAACCGGGGCUAAAAGAGAGUCGAACCAAACCCUCAACUCCAGGUGCAAGAGGAAAACGCUGGCUGUGGAUUUUGUGGUCCCCUCUCUUUUGCGCUUUCACCUGGCAGAGUUUAUCAAAAGACCCCUGAACGGCGACUGCCAGACUUUUAGCGGCUGUUACACGGUGCGCGCAAACUUAAAAAUGCACUGCGUCCCUUUGCAGAAAACCAUCUCUACUUUUGUGGUGCCACAUGCCGCCGCGGACGGCGCGCUGAAGAACGCGUCCUCUGAGGCGCAGCUCCCCUUCUUCUCCAGACGGCCUCUGUCCAAGGUGCUGAAACUGGGUUUGACUAAAGCCAGCGGGAAAUCAAACCAAGUUGUGGUGGAAAUAGGAGAGGAUAUAGUGAGAAGGGGGUGCGGGAGUCUGUCUGUGCACGAACGGGCGCCGGUGUUCACCCUGGAAAUGGACCUCACAACUAUUCUGGAGUGGUGGCUGGGCGCCGACGGGGGCCGGCUCAGGGUCCGAAUCAUUCCGGAGAAAAAAGCGCAGGUGCACGGAAUGGAGGAUCAGUACACCGCGGCCAUACGAGCUGCAGAUCCCCGCCUCUUCCUCCAGAUCGCCUCCGAGGGUGAAUCAUUGGCUGGUAGAAUUGCAACUGGUGUUCCAAGAGGAUACUGGAAUUUCUCUUGGGUGGCAGAGGAUAACCUCAGCUUCUCCAGAAACUCAGUGCCCAAGUCAGAUUACCGUUGCCCUGGUGAUGCCAAAACCUGUGAUCACCAGCUGGAUGCUAACCCGGAGUUCACCUGGAGCGUAGUGGCUGCUGGGGACCUUCGAGAGGAAAUGACCGGAAAGAAGGCUGGAAGUCCCCAUGGGUGGGAGGAAGGUAAGACUGAAGGCCAGUUCUUCUGGGUGAACAGCUCGGCCUUCGGAGGUCCCUGGGUGCUGAGUCCUUGGCUGUGGGGGGGCCAGAGUCCCUGUGGCCUGGACAUGGCGGUGUUCCUGCACCCAAAGCAAAGCGGGCAGUACACCAUCUGGCUCAUAGAGCGGGACAAACCUGCAUUCUCCCUCCUCUCCACUGACACACUGCCUCGUAUCACGGGCUGGGCGGUGGUCCACCUCACCCUGGGGACACAAGGAGGGUCUCCUUUUCGAAUCUCAGCCGGCUACGAUCAGCGAAUUCCACAGGACGCCACGGCAACCAUCGAACCGCAUUUCACUACCAACUGCACUGUGGAGUCGUCGCCCAUCCCGAACAUCACACUGGAGGGUUGGUACCACUGUCACCACGGACCCGCCAUCCCGCUGGACAGACUGUGCGACUUCACUGCCGACUGUCCGCUUGCUGACGACGAAGGCGAACUGUGUCGCCACUUUCUCAAUGGGAGUUACUGCUCUUUUGAAGAGGGAGACUGCAGUUGGCAGUCAGUUCCAGGCCACAGUCCAUCCUGGAGAAGACUUCAGUCUCCAGCCAAGCCUGCCAGACACGGCUGUCCAUCAUCAGGUGCAACAUUCAGUGUGGACGGAGUCCAGUCCAAAGGUCAGCGAGGCUCAGCAGUCCUGAGGAGUCCCGUCUUCCCUCCUCCUCUGAGAAACUCCCCAUGCAAGAUACGGUUCUGGGUGUGUUCUGGAAGCCCACAGAAGAGGGCGCUGUCCUUAUGGAUAGUGGAGAACAGUACCGGCCCAGAAGAGCAGCAGCGGCUGUGGCACUCGACCCGCGAACCCAAACCUGAGAGCGGCUGGACACUUGUCACUCUUCCGCUCUACGGGCUGGCAGAUUGGUUCUGGCUGCAGUUCAGUGCAGAAGAUGGACCUGGACCCAGUUCUCCCGUUUCUCUUGACAACAUCUCUUUCAGUAUGGACUGCUUCCUCGCCUCAAACGGCGAGUUUCCACCCGUGGUCACCAGCGCAACUAGACUGCCUCCUCUGAUGAGCUUCCCAACUACAGAUUAUUCCACAAAAUGGAUUUUUCAUACCUGUGGGGCUGGGGGACCCGACGGUCCGACUCCCACUCAGUGCAGCAACUCUUACAGGAAGACCAACAUCAACGUGACCGUGGGCACCCGAGGGCCCUUCAAAGGCAUUCAGAUGUGGCGUGUGCCAGAAGCUGGAACCUACAGGAUCACAGCCUAUGGUGCAGCCGGAGGUCGCAGCGUGACGGCCAUCAGCAGGUCACAUGGUGUCUACAUCACAGGAGACUUUCUGCUAAGGAAAGGAGAGCUGCUUUACAUCCUGGUGGGACAGCAAGGAGAGGACGCAUGUCCCAAUUCUAACGUCAUGCUGAAUAAGAUCUGCCUGGAACAGAGCGGCCCAAUGGUGAACAAAACGCAAGUGAAAGGGGGUGGAGGAGGAGGGGGCGGAGCAACGUAUGUGUUCAAGGUGGACAAAGACGUGUACACGCCCCUCAUCAUUGCAGCAGGAGGAGGUGGGCGUGGCUACAGCAGCCAUUUGCAAACCCAACUGGAACGGAUGAGCAGUGACCCGAGCCAACCUGGGCGCAAUGGGAAGUCAAACGCUGCAGGUGGAGGUGGAGGCUGGAAUGACAGCGCCCCCACCAGUCAGGGCGGAAGGCCGCUGACGCUGGGAGGACAGGGAGGGCAGGGCUGUCCAAAGUUUUGGCAGACUCGCGGAGGCUUCGGGGGCGGAGGUGGUGGCUGCAUUUCCGGGGGAGGCGGCGGUGGCUAUAGAGGAGGCAACACCUCAGCAGAUAAUGACCCCAAACAUGACGGUGAUGAUGGCACAUCCUUCCUCAGUCCUGAAGGAAAGCUCUUUGUCUAUCCUCUCAAAGCGAUGGAGGGUGAUGGUGAGGUGAUCAUCAGCCCGGUUCACAACUGCAGCCACUGUGAGAGCGGUGAAUGUCAUGAGAUCAAAGCCAGCAUCGUGUGCUACUGCGAAUACGACCUCAUCCUGGCACCAGAUGGGGUUUCCUGCAUCAACUCUACAGUGGCGUCCCUGCUGCCUCCACAGCCGUCUCUGUCCCACCUGGCUUUGGGGCUGUCUGUGGGCACCUCCGCCCUCAUCGCUGCCCUCCUGCUGGCUGUGUCUGGAGUCAUGAUCAUGUACAGACGUAAGCACACGGAGCUGCAGUCCAUCCAGCUGGAGCUGCAGAGUCCCGACUGCAAGCUCAGUAAACUGCGCGCCUCCACCAUCAUGACCGACUACAACCCCAACUACUCCUUCGCCGGCAAGACGGCCUCCGUUAGCGACCUGAAGGAAGUGCCGCGACGCAACAUCUCCCUCACCAGAGGUUUGGGCCACGGUGCAUUCGGUGAAGUGUAUGAAGGGCUGGCGGUGGGGAUACCCGGUGAACAGAGUCCACUGCAGGUCGCAGUCAAGACGCUUCCUGAGGUGUGUUCUGAACAGGAUGAACUGGACUUCCUGAUGGAAGCUCUAAUCAUCAGCAAGUUCAGCCAUCAGAACAUCGUGCGCUGUGUCGGAGUCAGUCUGCAGGCCAUGCCCAGGUUCAUCCUGCUGGAGCUGAUGGCUGGAGGAGACCUCAAGUCUUUCCUGAGAGAGACUCGACCCCGACUGGAGCAGCCGUCCAGUCUGAGCAUGGUGGACCUUCUGAACGUGGCCAGAGACAUCGCUAAAGGCUGCCAGUACCUGGAGGAAAACCAGUUCAUCCACAGGGACAUUGCAGCUCGGAACUGCCUCCUGACCUGCAAAGGACCCGGCUGCGUGGCCAAGAUCGGAGACUUUGGAAUGGCUCGGGACAUUUACAGGGCGAGUAUUACAGGAAGGGGGGGGCGCGCCAUGCUGCCUGUGAAGUGGAUGCCUCCCGAAGCCUUCAUGGAGGGCAUCUUCACGUAAACAGACACAUGGUCAUUUGGGGUUCUGCUGUGGGAGAUCUUCUCUCUGGGCUACAUGCCAUAUCCCAGUCGCAGUAACCAGGAAGUGUUGGAGUUUGUAACCAAUGGUGGAAGGAUGGACCCACCCAAAAACUGUCCUGGACCAGUGUACCGUAUCAUGACUCAGAGCUGGCAGCACCAGCCUGACGACAGACCAAACUUCUCGACUAUCCUGGAGAGGAUUGAAUACUGCUUACAGGACCCUGAUGUGGUGACCAUGGCCCUGCCUAUAGAGUAUGGGCCUAUCCAGGAAGAAGAGGAACCUGUACCCAUGCGCUCAGAUGAUCAGUCAACCUCAACCCUGCUGGUGAACGCUCAGGUGCCAGAUGGGGAGGUGCCGCAGCCUCCCCCGUCCUAUCCUGCAGAAGAGAGCCAACGAGGUGGGCAGCACGUCGUCCCCAUGAGCACACCAUCAGAAGCCAAAGCACAGACGUCGGCUCAGGUCCAGACACACCUCCACCAGCAGCCACACGCACAGACCUCAGCGGCCGUGACGACCACCAGCGCAGUCACUGCCACAACAACCUCAACGCUCACUGCCAAGGCAUCACAAGUCUCCACCCAGCCUAGUCAGGAGGGGGGCCACGUAAACCUGGCAUUCACCCAGAACCACCCCCCAGAAAAGGAGAGCCAUAAUGGAAAGACAACCAGCCUCUGGAACCCCACAUAUGGCUCCUGGUUCCUGCAUCAGCAGCAGCAGAGGAAGCAGCAGCAGAGAAAGGCAGGGGUGGGUGGAGUGGGGGCCAGCAGUGGCAGGGUGCCUGGGGAGGGGCAGGAGCAUGUGGGGCGAACUGUGGCAGAGAUGGCAGGAACACUGGGCCUUCAGCACCCUCACAAGCAGUUCCAGCUCCAGCAGCAGCAGCACCAGCUCCAGCUGUUCCAUCAGCAGCAGGGCCUGUGCAGACCCCUGUUACCCCCCCCGUCCCCUCCUGCCGCCCCGUCACCACUGCUCUUAGAUUCAGCUGCCUUGCCCCCGUUGCCCCUCUACAGACUGCGACGCUUUCCCUGUGGGAACAUCGGCUACGGCUACCAGGAGCAAAGCCUGCCGGUGGAGGCCGGCCAUGCCAGCCCCACCCCCCCUACAGCGCCACCUUCUCAACCACAGCCGGGCGCCACCGUGUCCGCCGCAGUCACCCACCAGAGGGGCGUCUCCCUUCCCACCUCUGCAUCUCUGGGGCGAGUGGGUCUAUCUGAGGACAACCGUCCACUGCUGGUUACCAUGGGGACAGUGCAGGACCCCAGGUUGCCUCGGAUGGAGGGUCACAAUGCCACCGUGCUUUAGCCC